AUGUGCUGUUUGUGCUAUGAUGUCUCAACUUACUGCUUAGGGGAUGAAGCUUCUUCUUCCUUCACUUGUCAAGGUACCUCUCUUUUUCCUUCUUCCUUCACUUCUCAACACGGCCACAACCCCGAACGUACUCCUUGGAUGCCACAACUUGCUCCUGCUUCAGAAGAGUUGAUGAAGAUAUUGUUUAACGUGGAAACAUACAAAGCUGCGAUGAUGGAGUUUGAGAUUAACAUGGCAAAGAUGCCACUUGGGAAGCUUAGCAAAAGUAAUAUCCAGAAAGUCAUUCCUUCUGUUCAUCCACAUGUAAUCAAGGAUGAGGAUGACUUCAAAUUAAAGGUCAAAAUGUUGGAAACACUUCAGGAUAUUGAAAUAGCUUCAAGGCUACUAGGGUUUGAUGUGGACAAUGAUGAUUCACUCGAUGAUAAAUAUAAAAAGCUUCAAUGUGAAAUGGUCCCACUUCCUCAUGAUAGUGAAGAUUAUCAGUUAGUUGAGAAGUAUCUCCAAACUACACAUGCCCCUACAUAUAUGGAUUGGGCACUUGAACUGGAAGAAGUUUUCACAGUUGAAAGACAAGGAGAGUUUGAUAAGUUUGUUCCAUAUAAAAAUAAACUCAAGAACAAGAUACUCCUUUGGCAUGCUUCUGGUGAUUGUACCAAUGCGGGUACUGGUAGACGAAAGCUCGGUUUUCUUAUUAUACCAAGCUGGCAGGUGAAAUUUGAGAGGGUGGGAGAAAACGGUUCUCUCGGCUGUAGGGAGUUGGAUGCCGCCGAAGAUUGUGAUCUCGAUUGUGAUGAAGCUGCUAACAGCUCUGUGUUUCCCUUACGUGUUGGCAUGAGGGGUAUUUCCGGUAUUUGGGUACUCUUUGACCUAGCAGUUUAUUCUUCUAGGUUGGGGUAG